AUGCAAAAUGGUAUUAUAAAAGAGCUUGUUAAUUAUAAUACCUAUGAUGCUUUACAAAAUUCAGCUAAAAUAUGGUUUAUGCUAUCACCUCAAAUAAUCUCAAACUGCUGGAAAAAAACAGGAAUUUUUUUACCAAAUAAUGAAGAUGAAGAUGUGUUUAAAGAUGAUUUUAUUUUUAAUGAAAACACGUUAAUUUCCCUUUUUCCAAAAGGUGAUCUUAAUGCACAAGAAUAUAUUCACAUUGAAGAUAAAGCAGCAGAGGGUGAGCUUACUGAUAAUGAAAUAAUUGAUACUAUAUUAAAUGUAGAUAGGGAAGAGGAACAUAUAAUGGAUAAAAUUGAAUUUGUGCUAAUAUUAGAAAAAGUUAGUCUAGUAGAAGCAGAAAAUGCUAUAGAUAAAAUUAUAAGAUUUUUAUAUGAGCAAGAGGUAGAAUUUGGGAAACAAGACAAUAUUCAAGAUUAUUUUAAUGAUAAUAUCUAA